AUGGCCUCCUCCGAAGCUAAAGGUUCCAUCGCCGUCCUGAGCGAGCUUUUCGCCAAGGUCAAGAUUGCUUCUUCCCCUGAAGAAGUUGAGACUGCCGCUUCCAACCUUUCCUCCUUUGUCAACGGUCCCAUUGAGGAGCACGAUGCCCCCGUUGCUUUCUUCAAGGAGCUGAAGGAGGCUGCCUCCAACAAGAAGGAUGUCAAGGCUAAGGUCAACGCUCUUGAGGCCAUUUCCUUCAUUGCCUCUUCCAAGGACUACUCCUCUGCCGUCGAGCCCUACAUUAUUGGUCUCACUUACACUGUUCUUGACGCUACUGCUGACAAGAGCAACGAAGUUCGCGCUGCCGGUGACAAGGCCAUCAAGGCUAUUGCCUCCAACGUCACUCCCCGUGCCGUCAAGGUCCUCGUCCCCUAUCUUCUUGAGCGUGUUGAGAAGUCUAACAAGUGGACUGAGAAGGUUUCUGCUCUUGAGGCUAUCUCCAUCCUUGUCGAUGUUGCUCAGGCCCAGAUUGCUCUUCUUAUGACCCAGCUUAUCCCCGUCCUCUCUGAGGCCAUGUGGGACACCAAGGCUGAUGUCAAGAAGGCUGCUACUGCCACUAUCACCAAGUCUACCGACACUAUUGACAACAAGGAUAUUGAGAAGUUUAUUCCUGCUCUUAUCAAGUGUAUCUCUGACCCUACUCUUGUUACUGAGACUGUCCACAUUCUUGGUGCUACUACCUUUGUUGCUGAGGUUACCACUGCUACCCUCUCCAUCAUGGUUCCCCUUCUUUCCCGUGGUCUUGCUGAGCGUGACACUUCCAUUAAGAGAAAGGCUGCCGUCAUUGCUGACAAUAUGUGUAAGCUCGUCGACGAUCCCCAGGUUGUUGCCCCCUUCUUGCCCAAGCUUUACCCUGCUCUUAAGAAGAACUACGAGAUUAUUGCCGACCCUGAGGCCCGUGAUGUCACUCUUCGUGCUAUCAACACCUUGAAGCGCGUUGGUGAGAUUGGCGCUGACGACGUGAUUCCUGAGGUCUCUACUGCCGGUGACAUUUCUGUCAAUCUUGUGUACGUUAACGAGAUUCUUAACGGUAAGAAUGUCGACUCUAAGUUUGCUCCCGUUCUUGAGUACAUUGCUGCCAUUUCUGGUCAACUCAUUGACGAGCGCAACACCGACUCCAACGUCUGGGCUGAGUCUAUCACUAGAUUCUUCACUGUCUUUGCCCACGAGAAGGACUCCAAGGCUUACGUUGACGAGCUCCGCAACAAGGCUGUUGCCAAUAUUCCCGGUGCUUCCCACCUUGAUGAGGAAGACGACGAUGGUGAGGAUCUCUGUAACUGUGAGUUCUCCCUUGCUUAUGGUGCCAAGAUUCUUCUUAACAGAACCCAGCUCCGUCUUAAGCGUGGUCGUCGUUACGGUCUUUGCGGCCCUAACGGUGCUGGUAAGUCCACUCUUAUGAGAGCCAUUGCCAAUGGUCAGCUUGAGGGUUUCCCCUCCCCUGAUGUCCUUAAGACUGUCUACGUCGAGCACGACAUUGACGGUACCCACGCCGACACUGACGUUGUUUCUUACGUUCUUGCCACUGCUGGUGACAUUGGCACCCGUGAUGAGAUUAAGAAGACUCUUGUUGAGUUCGGUUUCUCUGACACUAUGAUUAACGGUGCUAUUUCUGCCCUUUCUGGUGGUUGGAAGAUGAAGCUCGCUCUCGCUACUGCUGUCUUGAGAAAGGCUGAUAUUCUCCUUCUCGAUGAGCCUACUAACCAUUUGGAUACUGUUAAUGUUUCUUGGUUGGUCAACUACCUCACUACCUGCGGUAUUACUUCUAUCAUUGUCUCCCACGACUCUGGUUUCCUUGACCGUGUCGUUGAGUACAUUAUCCACUACGAGAGAUUUAAGCUUAGAAAGUACAAGGGCAAUCUCUCUGAAUUUGUCAAGAAGGUUCCCACUGCCAAGUCUUACUACGAGCUUGGUGCCUCUGAGAUUUCCUUCCAGUUCCCUGAGCCUGGUUUCCUCGAGGGUGUCAAGACUAAGCAGAAGGCUAUUGUCAAGGUCCAGAACGUUACCUUCCAGUACCCUGGUACCACUAAGCCCCAGAUUAAAAACAUUAACUUCCAGUGCUCUCUUUCCUCCCGUAUUGCCGUCAUUGGUCCCAACGGUGCUGGUAAGUCCACUCUUAUCAAUGUUUUGACUGGUGAGUUGCUUCCUACUGAGGGUGAGGUUUACGUCCACGAGAACUGCCGUAUCGCUUACAUUAAGCAGCACGCUUUCGCCCACAUUGAUAACCACUUGGACAAGACUCCUUCCGAGUACAUUCAAUGGCGUUUCCAGACUGGUGAGGAUCGUGAGACUAUGGAUCGUGCCAACAGACAGAUUAACGAGGAUGACGAGAAUGCCAUGAACAAGAUUUACAAGAUUGAGGGUACUCCUCGUCGUGUUGUUGGUGUUCACGCCAGAAGAAAAUUCAAGAACUCUUAUGAGUACGAAUGUUCUUUCACCCUUGGUGAGAACAUUGGCAUGAAGUCUGAGAGAUGGACUCCUAUGGGUUCUGUUGACAAUGCCUGGAUUCCCAGAUCUGAGCUUAUUGAGUCCCACGCCAAGCUUGUUGCUGAGGUUGAUAUGAAGGAGGCUCUUGCUUCUGGUCAGUUCCGUCCUCUUACUAGAAAGGAGAUUGAGUCUCACUGCGCCAUGUUGGGUCUUGAGGCUGAACUUGUUUCUCACUCGCGCAUUCGCGGUCUUUCCGGUGGUCAGAAGGUCAAGCUUGUCCUUGCUGCCUGCACAUGGCAACGUCCUCAUUUGAUUGUUCUUGAUGAGCCUACCAACUAUCUCGACAGAGACUCUCUUGGUGCUCUUUCCAAGGCUCUUAAGGACUUUGCUGGUGGUAUUGUUAUCAUUACCCACUCUGCCGAGUUCACCAAGGAUUUGACUGAUGAAGUUUGGGCUGUUCUUGAUGGUCAAAUGACUCCUUCCGGCCACAACUGGGUUUCUGGUCAGGGUUCUGGUCCUCGUCUUGAUAAGAAGGACGAUGACGAGGAGGACAAGUUUGAUGCCUUUGGCAACAAGAUUGAGGUUAAGAAGAAAGUCAAGAAGCUUUCUGCUGCUGAGCUCAGAAAGAAGAAGAAGGAGAGAAUGAAGAAGAAGAAGGAGCUUGGUGACGCUUACGUUUCUUCUGAUGAUGAGUUUUAA